AUGAGUCGAGGGGCUGUUUUGGGUCUGCUUCAGCCACGCCGCUGCCGCGCUGCGGUGAGGGAGCUGCUGUGUGUGGAGGGAAAGGGUGAAGCAGAGCUGGAGAACCUGGGAGGACAGCUUAAUGACGGUGGCAAGGCAGCUCAAGCACAUGUGGGGAUAGGCGAUGUGGUUCUCACCAUUGAUGGGAUAAGCACGGACGGGAUGACUCAUCUAGAAGCACAAAACAAGAUCAAGGCGUGUACAGGCAAUUUGAACAUGACUCUGCAAAGAGUGGCUUCUGUAACAAAACCCGAUCUUAUUCAUGUACCAAAGGGAGAACCUACAGAAGUAGUUAAGCCUGUGCCCAUUACCUCUGCUGUUGCACCCAAAGUCACUGCCACGGCGAGCGUGGCUUACAAUAAGACACCGAGGCCGUUUGGAGCCGUAACCUCCUCCAAAGUCACCUCCAUCCCAUCACCGUCCUCCGCCUUCACCCCGGCCCAGGCAGUAGCUCCGUCCCCGGCAGCUGCCACCCCGUUUGCUGCACCCGGACUGCAUGUUAACGCCAAGCCUAAUGCUGAGCAGCGGCCGCCUGUGCCGAGCGCUGCUAAACCUGCAGUUAAUGUCCCACGGCAGCCCGCCACGCACAAUGCCGCCCCGAGCGCCUCUGCCGGCGACGGCGCCCAGGAUGUAGCCGAGGGGCCACGACGAGGAUUCAGAGAGAACCAGGGGGAAAGUAAACAGCAAAAUGGCCCCCCGCGGAAGCACAUUGUGGAUACUUAUACGGAAUUUUACCACACACCCACCCACAGUGAUGCCAGUAAGAAGCGACUGAUUGAAGACACCGAAGACUGGCACCCUCGGACAGGCACCACCCAGUCCCGCUCUUUCCGCAUCCUUGCCCAAAUCACUGGCACUGAUCAUAUGAAAGCAUCAGAGCAUGAAGCUGCAAAGAAGACUAAUGAUUCCCUGGAGGCUACCCAGCCCUCUGCUUUUAUGGCCACCUCGGCAAGGAGCGUGCCUGCAUGCCAAGAAGAUGUGGACCCAAGACCUGCCCCCACCAGCACCACGCCUGCUGCAGCCCUCAAGCCGAUGGGACCCCCGGGUGCUGCCAAGUACUCGGGCUGGCAGGCUGCAAACCAAGCAGCUCCUGCCAGUGGGUGGACAUCAAACAGUAUUAAAGCACCUGGAGCAACUGCCCCGAGUGAAAAAUUUGCAACAGCACCUCAGCUAAAUGAGCAAGACACGUUGGUUCAGAGGGCAGAGCAUAUUCCAGCAGGAAAACGUACUCCCAUGUGUGCGUACUGUAAUCAAGUCAUCAGAGGACCUUUCUUGGUGGCUUUGGGGAAGUCAUGGCAUCCAGAGGAGUUUAACUGUGCUCAUUGCAAAACCUCCAUGGCUUACAUUGGAUUUGUGGAAGAGAAAGGGGCGCUGUUUUGCGAGGGCUGCUAUGAGAAGUUCUUUGCCCCUGAGUGUUCAAAGUGCCAGAGGAAGAUCCUUGGGGAAGUAAUAAAUGCUUUGAAACAAACUUGGCACGCUUCCUGCUUCGUGUGUGUGGCCUGUCAUAACCCCAUCCACAAUAACGUCUUCCACUUAGAAGAUGGCGAUCCCUACUGUGAGACGGAUUACUAUGCCCUCUUCGGUACUAUGUGCCAUGGCUGUGAAUUCCCCAUUGAAGCUGGAGACAGGUUUCUUGAAGCUCUGGGCCACACUUGGCAUGACACUUGCUUUGUAUGCUCA